AUGGCAGCAGCGAUUGGCUCCGUCAGCGGCGACGUUGGUGGCGGUGAGAGCGCAGGCGGCGAUGGCAGCAGCGAUGAAAACCUGAUGCAAUUCAGGCCACUGCAGCGCAAGAAACAAAGCGUCAACGAAAAGCUCAGUACCGCAACGGGACCUCCGAUGAAGCUUGAACCUGACGGGUCGUUCCAGCAGCGUGCACCAGAUGCGAAGAAGGUAAAGUCCGUGUUAAAGCACACAGGGUCCUACUGUAUCAAGUGGGAACUGUUCAAGCGCCGACUGCGAGCCCGGCGCAUUAGUUUCUCAGUCGUAUAUUUCCCACCUACUACAAAGAACAAGGAACCAAGUUUACUUUUCACUGAUUACCGCUCGUUACCGUUCUACAACUGGAACCCGCUCCUCGCUCGCCCCACGCAAGGCCCCGCUCUACAAACAGCCGCGGACUGCCCGACCCUGACCAGUAGCGCGGCCGGAGGCGCCGCGCGAAGGGGAGGUGUGCGACAUUUGGUGGAGAAGCAGGGUAGUCUGCUUGCUGGAGAAGGCGUUGUCUGGUGA